AUGCGAUUCCGAGCUCUGCCUUCCCUUCUCGCGGCUCGAUUCGUCAGCCAUUGUGCUUACACAGUCACGACACGUCACAGUGACUCGCGCGGUGAUUCGGACGGCUCGGAGCCUCUACUAGCAGAGGCGGGAGCAACAGAAUCAAAUCGAGGCGUCGGUCGUGGCGUGAUUCUCGCUGCAGAUUCAUCUUCUUUCCGCAGGUCUCAGCGGCCUUGGCGCGCAAGGCCACGUCAGCGUCGGGCUUCCAACCGCGUUUCUCGGCAGUGCAUCCCCAACUCAAGAGACAGCCCGCCGCGCAGAGACACGGGCAUAGCGAGCGAGGAGGAGUGGAACAUCAGCCUGCACAACGCGCCUCUUAACGAGUCGGGCCUUAACGAGGACGGCAGCUCGUGGUAUCGGGAGAGCGGGGAGGACGUGGGGGAGAAUGGGUACCGCUGCAGGUGGAGCAUCAUGGGAGGGAGGAGUUCUGAUGGGUCUGUCCAAUGGAAGGAAACGUGGUGGGAGAAGAGUGAUUGGACCGGAUACAAGGAACUAGGCGCGGAGAAGAGUGGGCGGAACGCUUUGGGCGCGAGCUGGUGGGAGACAUGGCAGGAGGUGUUGAGGCGGGACGAGUGGAGCGGCAUCGCCCGCAUAGAGCGCAGUGCGCACAAGCAGGCCAAAUCGCGAACUGAUGCCUGGACUGAGAAAUGUGUUCCCUGGACCCGUCAGGUGGGAGAGCAGGUGGGAGAGCAGGUGGGAGAGCAGGUGGGAGAGCAGGUGGGAGAGCAGGUGGGAGAGCAGGUGGGAGAGCAGGUGGGAGAGCAGGUGGGAGAGCAGGUGGGAGAGCAGGUGGGAGAGCAGGUGGGAGAGCAGGUGGGAGAGCAAGUGGGAGAGCAGGUGGGAGAGCAGGUGGGAGAGCAGGUGGGAGAGCAGGUGGGAGAGCAGGUGGGAGAGCAGGUGGGAGAGCAGGUGGGAGAGCAGGUGGGAGAGCAGGUGGGAGAGCAGGUGGGAGAAGUAUAA